ACCAUUUCAUCACUAACAACAUAUUAAAAAAACAGAACUACCUCAUGUGAUGUUAGUAAAAUGUACCAAUUCCAUGGGCUAUUAAACAAAUCUAGUUUUUUAAACAAUUGUUUUCCGUAGAAUCCUACACCCUGCGGACGCUGCCAUAAUUGUUCCAACUCUGAGUAAUCUACCUUCAUAUAAAUAUGCCUCGCUAUCGCAUAACCGCCAAUCGUGUAAGUGGUCUCUUUGAUGUAGAUAGUCACGGAGUAUCCAAUAAAGUUAUCGUACUUAUCUCCAAAAAUAUCAAUAACUAACUGGCAAUUUCUUGAACCGAAACCGUACAUUGAAAACAAACGUGAACUCAGUUAAAGCGACCGGAGCGGAGAGAACGGAGGAAGUCGUUUGGUUUUUUUACACAAUAAAAACAUUGCAAUCUUUUUAUGUUUAUUAAAUAAAGAAAACAAAACAAUGCGUCAACAAAGUGAAGAAUGUUCUGGUUUCAUCAUGUGCAUGAAUGUGAUUAACUCAAUAACUCACUGGGUGCUAGGAGCGUUGGCCAUGCUUGCCAUCACCUUCGCCAUCAUAUUCCCUGGAUCGUCACACUUCAUUCAACAUGUUUAUCUUUGUACAAUUGGUUACGUCGUCCUCAUGGCCCAAGCUAUUCUCACCUUCAACCCUAAUAACGGCUGGUCGAGAAGCAUGAGGUAUCAAGACAAGAAGGUCAUCCACUGGGUGAUGCAGAUUGCCGGGUCUCUCUUAGCUAUAACUGGCAGCAUCAUUCGAAUUACCAAUAUCUCAAAUAAUUUCCAAAGCCCACAUGGAAUUUUAGGCCUUAUCGCAAUGCUCCUCACAGCUCUCAGUCUUGUUGGAGGCAUCAUCGGCCUUAAUACUAAAACCGCCACCAUCAAAAUACUUCAUUCCUGCGCGGGAUCCUUGGCUCUCAUUUCAGCAUUUAUCUGCCUUUGCCUGGGCUUUGACAAAACAGUAUUUAGGGGCCUAUUUAACGAUACCGUAGCUAAUGUAGCUAUUGCCUUUACAGCUAUCGGUUUAAUAGGUACUUUAUACUCUGCAGCUAACUCUAACCUUAAUAGAGUUAGGAAAGGAUAGAGUCAGUCACCUUACAAAUUGUACUUGAACACGACUUGAUUUGAUUUCCUAAACAUGUUAUUGUGACGAAGAUAUUUUCAAAUGAAUGCGCAAUGACUCGCUCGUGCUGAACAAGUAUUUUUCAUCAGUAUUCCCAAAUUAAGUUUACUUUAAGGAUUGAGAUUGUUAUUAUGUUUGAUGCAUUGUCUGCUGUGGAUAUAUAGACACUUAAGUAUUCUAAGCCUGUAAUGUUAAAAUUCAUAAUUAUGACAUAUUAAAUGAGUACAAUUAUAAUAUAUAUAUAUAGAAAAGCAUAUGCAUGGAUAAGAAUCACUUAUUGUUGAUCUUAGUGUAAUUUAUUAAUUAGUUACUCGCUGUUUUUAGGGUUCCGUAGCCAAAUGGUAAAAAACGGAACCCUUAUGGAUUCGUCUUGUCCGUCUGUCUGUCCGUUUAUGUUACAGCAACUUUUUUCCGAAACUAUAAGAACUAUACUGUUCAAACUUGGUAAAUAAGUAGAUGUAUUCUAUGAACUGCAUUAAGAUUUUCACACAAAAAUAGAAAAAAAAAACAAUAAAUUUUGGGGGUUCCAAAGCGGUAAAAUGUGUGUCCCCCGCCCCCUGUAACUUCUAAAAUAACAGAAUGAUAAAACUAAAAAAUAAUAAUAAUAUACAUUACCUCCAACAGCAUUCUGAGUAUAUUAGCCAAAAAAUUGGAUUGCAUGUAUUUGCAUAACUGCUGCUUGAUACACGCACGCAGUAAUAUAUAAUUGUACAGUGUAGUUAUUAAGUAUAGUUAUGUAUAGAUAGUUAUAGUUCUAACACUUGGAUAAGAUUUACUAACACAAUGAUCCCCGAUGGUCUUAAAUAAAGAAAUAAUAAUAAUAACUACCAUUUUUAAUUGUAAAAUUCUAAAACAAGUAAGGAAACUAUAAGUCUAAACUUAAAACAUUAUGUUUUUAUCUUUUUGUAUAAGACUUUUUGUUAAAAAAGUUUAAUAAAAAAAAAAUAUCUAAAGAUGCUUUAUUUAUUCAAUCUUAAUAUAAGUACCUACUAUUUACAUAUAUUAAUACUAAUGAAUACUUUUUAACCACUCUUCAAGACUGGAUAUGCGCUAAAUAUGUACCUCCUAUUAAUAAUUAAAUAAGUACUACAAUAAACGUUAAAAAAUCUACAUUCGAUUAAAAUGUAUGUAGUAAAAUUUACAGAAUAGUCAAUUUAAAUAUCACACCAAUAUAAGUACUCAUUGUAUACAUUUACCUACUAUACAUUGUAAUACCUAUGUAACAUUUUACGUCAUUUACGUACUUAUAUACAGAAUGUAACAAAAAUUGUCGC